AUGUCCGCUGAGGAAGCUGAGGAAGCGCCAGCAAUAACAGCCGAUACAUCGAAAUUUACGCCAAUUAUUUUCACCAAUGCACCCGAACAGGCUGAGGAACAUUCUCUAUCAAUUGGCAGAGAGAAGCUCAAAAAGUGGCUGGGCCGCGUUGUGCGUGUUACCCUAAAAAAUAAGUUGGUUUUAAUCGGCAUCUUCAGUUGCACGGAUCAUGAUCAGAAUCUCAUAAUAGCCAACUGCGAUACGUUUAUGCCCGACGAUCAUGAGCCUAUUGCAUACGGCAAUGUUGUGGUGCCUGGCGAUCAGAUCCAGUCAUUUGCCGUGGAUAUGCCGCUUAACUUGGAACUGGAGCUGGGGGUGGAGGCGACAGAGCUGCAGGAGACGGAGCGGACAGAGAAUGGUGACUAA